AUGAGUGCAAACGAUGGGGCGAUACAGGACUUGCUCAACGCCCAAGGAGCAGUUCUUGUCCGAUCUUGCGAGGUUCUCGAGAAAUUCCAAACUUGUUCAACUCAGAUUUGAAGGUCCCUGCUGAUGCGACAAGCAUCAAAGGCUUCGAUUUCAACGGAGAACUCACACUCUCGUCCUUGCUUGCCUCUUACAAGAGCACCGGUUUUCAAGCUUCUAAUCUUUCCCUGGCUAUCGAGGUGGUUCCAAAAUAAUUUAUUGGCUGGUCUAACAAAAAAAGGAAUCGAUAUUAAAACUGAGUUAUUAUUGAACUUCAGCAAGUGAACAAAAUGCUGGAGGAACGGGAAAAACAGCUGGAAGAUUCAGAAGACGCGUUUUUUCCAUACCCAGAGGGACGUCGAAAACGCGCCUGCACGAUUUUCCUCGGAUACACCUCGAAUCUCGUGACGAGUGGUCUUCGAGAAGUGUCUUCCUUCCGUUUUCUCUCCGAACUCGUGCUUCCCAGGUCUUGCGGUUCAUCGUGCAGCACGACCUGGUCGACUGUGUCGUGACGUCGGCCGGCGGCGUCGAGGAAGACUUGAUUAAGUGCCUCAAGGAGUCCUACCUCGGCGCUUUCAACAUGGAUGGAAAGACGUUGAGGUUCAUCGAUUACAUAGAGAUUCCUAGUCAUAAGAAUGCCUCCAAAAAGAAGUUGAGCUAAUCGAAGUUUGUAGAGUUUUGUCGUUUGCAUUACACUCCGUUUAUUAAUCUGAAAAAAAGAAGUGAGUUCCUAACUUUGUUUUUGUUUGAAAAAGAAUUCCAAAAAAUGACGCAAAAACGCUGCCGAAAUGGUUUUUUGAGAAAAAUAUACUUUUAGGUCAAUCAUUACUUAGUUUAAGAAUUCAUCGGCUGUUGGAUAUGAUCUUUCUAUCAGUGUUUUCGUCAAAAGGAAGAAACGUAGAACUCAUGGAACUAUUAAAUAAACUUGCUGUCUUAAUCAGAUAUUAGCUGCUUAAUCCAAUUAUCAAAGUUUUGAAAUUGCACAAAAUUUGCUUCUUUCUCUAAGCUACACAAUUCAAUCCAUGAAUUUCUGAAGGUCAAAUGGGAUGAAUCGUGCCGGAAACGUCCUCAUCCCCAACGACAACUACUGCGCCUUCGAGGAUUGGCUCAACCCGAUUCUCGACGAAUGUCUCGCCGAACAAGAGAGCGGCGACGUCAGCUGGACUCCCUCCAAGCUGAUUCAUCGGUUCGUCUGUUUGUCUUGCGCCUCUUUCGCGCAAUAAAACCAAAUUUAUUACCAAAAGAACUCUUAUUCAAUCAGAACUGCAGGAUAUUCUCCAUAAAUCAAGCUUCAGGAAUCUGAAGCAAGCAAAUAUUGAAAAACUAAGUUUCGAGGUGAUUGACUUAGAUUUAAAAUUUUUCGGAUAUAGUUUUUAUUACCAAAAGAUAAACAGUGAAGACGUAGUCUCUUCACGAGGAUUUUUUUGUGAAUGAAAUAAAUUAUUAUCAUCAAAAAAGACAAUUUACCGAAAUCUUUUGCUGUUAAAAUAUAUGAGAGACUUCCAGAAACACUGAAAUGCUUUUAAAAUCCUUUUUUGAUUACCAGUUUUUCAGAUCUUCAAUAAUUAAUUGUAUCUCAAAGAUUGGCCUAUCAAGUUUGAGAGUGAGUUGGAAAAAGCCAAAAAAAAAAUACAGUUUUGUCUUCAUUUCGUCAUCUGCCUGGUUCAGACUCGGAGAUAGGAUCAAUGACGAAUCUUCGAUUUUGUACUGGGCGGCGAAGCAUCGGAUACCAGUAUUCUGUCCGGCUCUGACGGAUGGAAGCCUCGGCGACAUGCUCUACUUCCAUUCGAUCCGCAGCCCGGCAAGUCUGCGGAUCGACAUAGUCGAAGACGUGAGGCACAUCAACACGUUGGCUGUCAAAAGCCGUCAGACGGGCUCCCUGAUCGUCGGCGGCGGCGUCGUCAAACACCACAUCAACAACGCGAACCUCAUGCGCAACGGCUCCGACUUCACCGUCUACAUCAACACUGGGCAGGUCAGAACGGAAUUUUGCUAGCUUUCAAAUAUAGUCUUUCAUUGCUGGUGGUAUCGUCUAAUAUACUUUGGUUAAUAACUUUCAUCAAGUUUCCCAGUUUUUCAAUAUUGCUCUUAGGAGUUCGACGGAUCGGACUCUGGCGCCGCGCCGGACGAAGCUGUGAGUUGGGGAAAAGUGAAACCUACUGGCUCGGCGGUCAAAGUGCACGCCGAAGCGACUCUCGUGCUCCCUCUGCUCGUCGCUGAAACUUUUGCCAAGCACAGGAAAAAGUAACUUUUCCCUUCAUUUUUAACGUUUAUUACGAAUUUUUCUCGAUUGUUGUUACUUUUCACUGUUUUGGCCUCAAAUAAAUUUAAAAAAAAACAAAAGGGUCUCGAUUAUAUAUGGAAAACAAGUUUCAUUUCGAAAUACCAAGAAAGAAUUUUAGAAUAGGAAGAGUUUAUUCGAUCAGUUUGAGGUGAAUAAGAGUCGUAAAUGUGGCGGAAUUCUAUUUGUCUUCUCCCCACUCGCGCUUCAACAUAGCUUACAAAAGCGAGACGACAUUUCUGGCAGCUCCGUUUUCUUAUUCAUUUUUGUUUCUUUUUUUUUAUCGUUUGAAUGAGAAUCGUGGCAGGUAUGAGUUCUUGCGAGCCGCGUCCUCGCCUUUUUUGGCUUUUUGGCGCUUCUGACGCCGUGUCGUCCGGUCAGCGUGUGUUACCAAUGCGCGACGCCGAACAUGAUCAGCAACUGGGCCGCCACAGGUCUUCCGGUCCGUCCUGACAACUUGUACUACGACGACCGGUUGGAUUUCUUGCCCAAUCUGUGAUAGCUCUUUGUCCAGGUGCUUCCACACUCCGACCGAUCUGACUGAAGAACAAGCGGGAACCGACGCUUGCACAUCUUCCUGCAUGGCGAUGAUCAUUCCCGUCGGUAAGUGUUUCAGGUGUUCGCCUUAAAUAUUAUAGUUUGAAGUAGAACAAAAAGUUUUCCGGAACAAGUUUUUCUUAAUCAAAGAAUGGAACCACGAAUAAACAGAUUUUCUGAGCUUGGUAGAAAACUUAAGAAAAGUUUCUCAUCUGAAUCCAAAUUCCGUAUAAAAAAAAAGAAUUAGUCGAGGCGAAUUUUUAUACCUUCUGGAACUAGUUAAAUUUCUAGAUCUUUUUUCGGAGUACUUUUUAGAAAAAAGUACAUUGAAACAUUGAAAAUUGGUCAUAUUUUGAUUUUUGGAGUUUUUAGCAGGAGGUACUGAUAAAGGGUUCACUUCUUCAGGAAACGCCUACGGAGUGGUGCGCGGCUGUCACGAACGCUUUCUGUUCGACACGUCGCUGGCGGUGACCGUAGCCGCUGCGGGACCCGAAAUCUGCGAGUCGAAUCUCGUCCCAGACGUCGUCAUCGGUGGCAAUCCAGCGACCGUGAGUUUUCGAUUCUCAGCAAGUCUUUUUUAGGCGUCGGCCUAAACUGAUCUUCUAACCAGCUAUUCAGGCCAAACUGUCGUUCUGCCACCCGGUCGCAGGCGAAGAAGGAACCUUGGGAUGCAACGACGUGUCCUCGUCAUCCGCUACCGCCACCUGUCCCAGUGAGGAGUUCGCAUAUUUUCAAUUCUAACUCCGAAAUAACUGGCAGGGCCUUAGAUUUGGUUCAAAAUAUAUCUGUAUAUAAAAAUGACAGAAUUUUUUUUUGAUGCGAGUCUACGAUUUUGUUUCUGCAAGGCUCUUUAAACAUCUCACGUUUUAAAGCUGAUUUUUCUGCUCUAGAGCGUUUAUGAGAUGUGAAAUGAAUUCAGGAGCGACGCCGAAGCAGUGCAAGGCGUGUUCGUCGUUCGACGGCAAAGGAAAAUGCAGCGGAAAUGACGACAAGACGGCCACCUGCGCAGGUGUCUACUGCACUAAAACUAGAGGGAAAAUCAACGGUUAGUCAUGGAAUCAUUGCUGGAGUCUGGGUGGAAAUGAUGAAGGUCCAGUUUGGAUGGGGGGGGGGGUCUUAAGAUUGAGGCACCUUUUUACAUCACAGCUAGAUUGACCUGAAAUUACCCGAUGAUAUUCCUAUUGAUAUAUAGUUUUUUUCAGUUUAAUACAUAAACACAAAAAAGUGAAUACUUGAAUGACCGGAGCUUUUAGGAAAACGGUCUGGAAAAGUUGUUUUCUAAUUUUACAGUCUUCCUAACUUUUUUUGUGUGCUAUAAAAAUGGUUAACGCAUUCUUAAUUGAAAAUCUUUCAACUGAAUCGGUCGAAGUUCUUCUCAUUGCUUCAUAUAAAAAGUGUUCAAAAAGGUAUAUGGCGUCUUAAUAGCUUCAUUAUUUCUGCGUAGAUGUUUCAAGAACUAGGUGUGUCUCUAAAAAUUGAAAGGAUCUUAGUAUGACCAUUGUCGGAUUUUAGCCUUGACUUCUACAAAAAAAACCAUCCUGAAUUCUAAAGCUCCAUUGUAACUGAAGUUUAGAGCUUCAAAGCGAGGAGAGGUUUUAAAUCUGAGGCUGAAAUGUUAAAGCCUCUUUCGGAAGAAAUUCGGUUUGCUGGAAGUUUUACAGAUUGACAUGAGAAAAAAAUAAUUGAAAAUAACUGAGCCGUUUAAAUUUAACAUGCGUUUUUUGUGGGUACAUUUCCAAAACAUGGUUCGAGUUGUUUUUUUAAAAUGACGAGACGAGUCGGAGUUUCAGGCCGCUAUUUGGAAGAACGUGGUUGCGCCUAUGUGAAUCCGUUCCAAAAAGAUAGCUGCGCAUGGACCGACCAAACCUUUAAUAUUUCGACGGGCAGCGACGGCGUCUUGGCGCCCAGUCGAUCCAAACGCGACAUCUCCAUGUCCUUCCGCGCCGUCCAGUGCUUCUGCAACGGUUUUCCCCGAGUAAUCGAAGGUUAUUCUGAAUUAGAAGCUGUUUUCAGGACCUCUGUGCAAUGGAACUCCCCGUCUCCCAUUCUUCCUGCUCCCUUUUUUGGGACUUCUGCUCGUCCGCUUUUUGUGA